AAAUUAUAUGAUGGCAUCUACUGAGAAUAACCAGUCUCAAGCUUUUGGUGUUGAAAAUAAAGGUAAGAGAAAAUUAAGGGUCUGUGACUUUGAAAGCAAGGAUGAUGUUGAGUGUGAUUAUGAGCUGAAUGGUGUUCAUGUAGUUACAGAGAAAAUAACUAUACCUGAUUCGAGUGAACACCUGGAUUUGGUUAACAAA